AUGAUCAGUAAUUCAACUUACACCGACUUUGUUUGCUGUGCCGUUUGUAAUAAAAUAAUUCCACCAGCACCUUUAGGGGAAAUCUUCAAACAGAUCCAUGAAUACAAGCCAUUUAAGACUCGCUUUUACACUCAUAGAGAUAUACUGGACAUUGGGGCAGAUAUUUUGAAUAAAGAAGAACUAUUUCAAGAGGCUAUACUCAAAGAACGUAUUGAAAAAGCAAAAGCGGAUGUGUGGGCUAAGGCCGAUGAACUCCAAAAACAAGCAGUGGAGAAAGCACUCGAAGAAGCAAAUGACAGACAUAAGAUUAAAAUUCAGAUUCUGGAAGAGGAACAUCAAAAACAUUUAAAGGAAAUGGCAGCUAAAACCAAGGAAGAGGUACAUCGUGACAUAGAAGACGGACUAAAGAGAGAAAACCUGGCCGCAGAACAACGUAUGGUACAUAGAAUCCAAAGGAUCAUGAUGGAGUGCCACAAGGAAAAGAUCCAGGCUGUGGAGAAGGCCAGGGCUGAAGAGAGACGCAUAGCCCAGAAAGCUAUCCUGGCCCAGAGAAGCAAGGCCAUGGAGGAAUUUAUGAAUACUGGCGUGACCAUUGCUAAGGAUCAGAAGAAGAAUAUGGACCAAUUGAUAAAGGAAAAAGAGCAGGAAAUGAACAUCUACUAUUGCAUGGCUCAGAGGCAGCGGCAGGAGGAAGUUCAUGAAGUGCUUCAAGAAGCAGAGAAAACACAUCAGGUCACACUUGAGAAUGUGAUGGAUAAACUGGUUAACACUCAGGGGGAGCUGCUGUCCGUAGCAAAACAACUGGAAAUUAUGACAAAUUGGAAAGAUUUCCUGGAGGAGGAAUUACAAGAAACAAGAAUGGCAUUUCAAAAAUACAUCAAUUAUACAUUUCCUAACCUUUCACCAGGACAUGCAGAUUUUAUUCUGCCAGAAAGAAAGAAAAUGCCUUCCAAUUUUAUCAUACAGAAGAACUAAACAACAUUUCAUUAGAAGUCGUCAACUGAAAUUUCACUACAAAAGACCUUGUUCCAAAGACUAAAUAAAUUCACUCA